AUGUCCAUCAUGAACGGAACCAACACUACCAAUGGCAACGGUGUCUCCCACACCAACGGAACCAAUGGCACCAAUGGUCAUACCAACGGACACUCACACGAGAAUGGCAUUAAUGGCCACUCUCACGAAAACGGCACCAAUGGCCUCAACGGUGCAUCCCACACGAACGGUACAAACGGUACAAACGGUACCAACGGUGUCCACGCCGACGACACCAACCAAAAGGCAGUCCCCAUUGCCAUUUGUGGCAUGGGUCUCCGCCUUCCAGGUGGAUCCUCCACACCGCAGGAAUUCUGGGAAUUCCUUGUCAACAAGGGAGAUGCCAGAGGCCGCGUCCCGACCUCUCGCUACAACGUUUCGGCAUACCACGAGACUACUAAGCGCCCUACUACUGUCGCCACAGAGUAUGGCUACUUCCUCGACGAAGAAGUCAAGCUCGGUGCCAUGGACACGACUCGCUUUUCCAUGAGCCGAGCUGAUGUCGAGUUUGCGGACCCCCAGCAACGCCGCUUGCUGGAAGUUGUCACUGAGGCGUUUGAAGACGCUGGAGAGGCCAAGUUCAGGGGCAAGAAGAUUGGUUGCUACUUCGGCAACAUGAACGAAGACUGGGGCGAGAUGAUGAACCGCGACCCUCUUUGGCACGGCCCCAACAAGAUCGACGGCUACCAAGACUGGAUGCUUGCCAACCGUAUCUCGUACGAGUUUGGCUUGACUGGACCAAGCAUGACUAUCCGCACAGCCUGCUCAUCGGCUCUCAUGGGCGUCAACGAAGCUUGCACAGCUAUCCAGCGAGGCAUCUGCGAGUCUGCAAUUGUCGCCGGUGGUAACCUGAUUCUGGCACCUGGAACCACGCAGCAGAUGACGGAAAAGGGCAUCCUGUCUCCUGAAGGUUCUUGUAAGAGUUUCUCUGCCGAUGCGGACGGAUAUGCACGUGGUGAGGCAUUCACCGCAGUGUUCCUGAAGCCUCUUGAUGCGGCUAUCCGCGAUGGCAACCCCGUCCGCGCUGUCAUCAGAGCGGCUGCAGCAAACUCGGACGGAAAGACACAGGGUAUUACCCAGCCCAACGGCUACGCUCACGAAGCUAUGAUCCGCUUGGCCUACAAGCAGGCUGGCAUCACAGACUUCUCCAAGACAGCGUACUUUGAGUGCCACGGCACCGGCACAGCAGUUGGAGAUCCCAUUGAGACGGGAGCAGUAGCCCGCGUGUUCGGCGAAAGCGGUAUCCACAUCACAUCUGUGAAGCCCAACGUCGGUCACACUGAGGGUGCCUCUGGUCUUGUCUCCCUGAUCAAGGCUGUCAUGUCGCUAGAGCACCGCACCAUCCCCCCGAACAUCAAGUUUAACUCGCCCAACCCCAAGAUCCCUUUCAAGGAGGGCAAGCUCACUGUUCCCGUAGAGCCCACCCCGUUCCCGGCUGAUCGCUGCGACCGAGUCAGUGUCAACAGCUUUGGACUCGGUGGCUCAAAUGCCCACGUCAUUGUCGACUCUGCCAGGAGCUUCAACCUCCCCAAGCCAGCGGUUCGCGACAGCGAGAGGGAGAGCGACCCCCAGUUGCUCCUUUUCUCGGCUGGCUCAGCUCCUUCGCUCAAGUCCACCAUCAGUGGCUACGAGAACUGGGUUGUGAAGAACCCCGAUAUGGCCGACAGGAUGAACGACCUCAGCUACACGCUCGCCAACAGGCGUGAGCACCUUCCUCAUCGCUCCUUCAAAGUCUGGGGCGCCAAUGAUGCUCCGCCAUCUCAGGGACGAAAGAUCCCCGGUCAGCCGGUCAGCCUGGUCAUGGUCUUCACAGGCCAGGGAGCACAAUGGCCGCGCAUGGGUCGUGAACUGCUCCUUCGCGAUGAUCUUGUCUUCCAGCAGAGCAUCCGAAAGAUGGACGAUUACCUCGCGGCUCUCUCCGAGCCUCCUCAAUGGACCAUCAAGGGCGAGCUGAUGAAGUCGGCUAAGACGUCGCGCGUCCAAAAAGCAGAGCUUUCACAGCCCUUGUGCACUGCCGUCCAGGUCGCCAUGGUCGACCUUUUGGCAAGCAUCGGUGUCGAGCCCGCGGCGGUCGUUGGCCACAGCAGUGGUGAACUUGCAGGUGCCUACGCUGCUGGCGCCCUUACCGCAAAGGAGGCCAUUAUCGGAGCCUACCAGCGUGGCCAGGCCGCCAAGCUCCAGAACAGAAAGGGAGCCAUGGCCGCCGUUGGUCUCGGCUGGGAUGAGGUUGAGCCGUUCCUCAAUCGCCCAAAGGUUGUCGUUGCGUGCGAGAACUCCCCCAAGAGCGUCACUCUUUCUGGUGACUUUGACGAGGUCGAGGCCACAGUCAACCGCAUCAAGGAGGCCAACCCCGACAUCACUGCUCGAAUGCUCAAGGUCGAAAAGGCAUACCACUCAUACCACAUGCGCGAGAUUGGACCCGACUACCACGCCAUGAUUGAGCCUCACCUCGAGGGCAGGCAGGCAGUCAAGCCCUUCUUCUCCAGUGUGACUGGCACAGGAGAGCCAGAGCAGCGCAAGCUCGACGCCAAGUACUGGCAGCAGAACCUCGAGUCUCCUGUGCUUUUCAACCCCGCUGUUGCCGGUGUGCUGAAGCACUUCAAGAACCCAGCCUUUAUUGAAGUUGGUCCCCACGGAGCCCUCGCCGGUCCAGCCCGCCAGAUCUUCGCAAAGGCCUCGGCUUCCCCGCCAUACCUGUCCGUCAUGGUCCGUAACGAGGACUGCGUGCAGUCGUACCUGUCCGCUGUUGGUAAGCUCUUUGAGCUGAACGUCUCGCUCGACUACGACGCCGUUUGCCCCGCUGGCCAGACGCUCCCUGGCCUUCCCCGUUACCCCUGGCACUACGAAGGCGAGUUCUGGGUCGAGUCUCGUAUGUCGGCUGAAUGGCGAGCUCCCAAGUUCCCCAGGCACCCGCUUCUGGGACGCCCGCAGUUGGAGAGCACCAGUCUCGAGCCUAGCUGGAGGAACCUCAUCAACAUUGAGGACGCCUCCUGGCUCCGCGACCACCAGAUCCAGGGUACCAUUGUUUUCCCUGCCGCUGGUUACUUUGCCAUGGCAGGUGAGGCUAUUCGCCAGCUGAGCGGUAUCGAAGAGUCGUACAGCCUCUCCCAUGUGGUGCUCAGCCAGGCACUCAUCCUGCAGGAGGGUGUUGACACUGAGGUCGUCACGAACCUGCGCCCUCUUCGCCUGACUGACUCCGAAGACAGCCAGUGGUGGGAGUUCUCCAUUGCUUCCUACAACGGUCACUCAUGGCUGAAACACUGUGUCGGUCGAGUCUCGGCUGUGCCAUCUGUCGAGCCAGCCAAGGCUGGUGAGCUCCAGCCGCUUCCUCGCAAGUUGGAUACUUGGAAGGUCUUCAACACUCUGGCAAAGGCUGGUAUGCAGUAUGGCCCAGCUUUCCAGCGCUUGGGCGAGAUCAGUGCAGACACCAUGAAGACCAGGGCUGUCAGCACCCUGACCAGCGAUCGGAACGGAGACGAGAACAAGUACCACCUUCACCCCACAGUCAUCGAUGCAGCUCUCCAGAUGGGUCUUGUUGCCGCCAGGUCGGGCAAGCUCGAUGCUAGCAACUGUGCAGCGAUGCCCACCUUGAUCGAGGAGGUGACCAUCUUCCGAAGCACUCAGGAGACUGGUAUGUUCGUUGCAGCCUCCACCACCGUUCAGCCUGGCAGUGGUGAGAUUCGCGGCAACUUCCAGGUUGUUGCAGACGGCAAGGCCAUCCUGAACAUGCCAAAGGCUGCUUUCACGUCUAUCGAGCAGGGCGACAAGGACAUUGUGCACAAACUCCCCAUCAGCGCGCGUGUCAACUGGCAGCCUCAUCUUGACUUUGUCGACGCAGCUUCUCUCAUCAAGCCCGAGUUUGAUGGCGAGAAGUGGAUGCCCAUGCUCAAUGAGCUGAGCGAGCUCUGCUUCAUCUUCUUCCAGAGAUGCAUCGAGGAUGUCAAGGUGACCGAAAACCCUACCAUCCAGCGCUUCGCUGCCUGGGUCGGUCGUCAAUACCAGACGCUCGACAAGAACCACCCCGGACACGCUCUUGACACUACACAAAUUGUCGAGCGGGCCCACGCAAUCGGAGAGCUUAUGGCCGGCACGCCUCUCGCCGCAUGCGCCGACUGCAUCCUUGAGAUUGGCAAGAACAUUGUCGAGCUAUUCACGGGCGACAUGAGCAUCGUCGAGGUUCUUUCGCAGGACGAUCUUCUCAACAGGCUUUAUGCCGCGGCCAACACGACCAACAAGACGGCCUUCCUCAAGAGCCUGGCACACGCAAGGCCCAGCCUCCGUAUCCUGGAGCUCGGCGGCAGCACUGGACAGCUGACGACGUCUCUGAUCAAGGACCUCAGUCUCCCCAACGGCGGUUCGCUCUACUUCAAGCAUACUUUCACUGACCCCUCUUCGACUGCUCUCGCGGAUGCAAAGAAGGAACUCCAAGAUCUGGACAACAUUGAGUUCCGCGUGCUGGACAUUGCCUCGGACCCAGCCGAGCAGGGCUUCAAGGAGGAGGACAAGUACGAUCUGAUUGUCGCGACCAACCAUGUUCACGCCACCCCUAGCUUGGCCACGUCGCUGGCUAACGUACGCAAGCUGUUGGCGCCCGGUGGCCGUGUUCUCCUGCAGGAGCUCAGCACCGAGUCCAAGUGGAUCAACUGCAUCCUGGGCUUCCUGGACGAAUGGUGGGUUGGCGAGAACGACGGGCGAUGCGACGAGCCCUACGUUUCUACCGAGCGCUGGGCAUCCGAGCUGAAGCGUGCCGGCUUCGCUGCACCAGACAUGGUUCUCGAUGCCCCAGCACCGCACCAGACAAGUGUCGUCAUCAUCGCCAGACCCGAGGAAGACGCCCACCCAGCCGUCAACAAGACCGUGACUGUGCUUGGCUACGAGCAAACCGGCAAGAAUGUCGAUGCCGUGAGCCAGAAGCUGCAGAGCCGCGGCUACACAGUCAACAAGUGCAGUUUCGGCGAGGAUAUCCCUCAAGAGACACAAUAUGUAGUCAGUCUUCUCGACGAGGAGAGCCCCUUCUUCGAGGACAUUGACCAGCACCGCUUCCAAACGCUGCAGAAGCUCACUGCCAACAUUGGCGACCGCGGCCUCUUCUGGCUUACGCGCCCCUCGCAGAUGCAGUCCAACGACCCGCGCUACGCCACAGUCGUGGGUGCAAUCCGCUCCAUCCGCCACGAAGACACGAUUGACUUUGCCACGUGCGAGGUCGAAGACGUGGGCGCCUCGCUGGACCUCGUUGCCGACGCCUUUACCCAUUUCCAAAAGGGCCAGGAGGACGACUUCUUCAGGCCCAACUACGAGUAUGCCAUUGCCGACGGCAUCAUCAAUGUGCCUCGCUUCUACCCCUUUACCUUUGACGACGAGCGCGUAUCCAGCCGUGUUGCUGAAGAGUGCGUGUCUCUGGUAGCCUCGAAGCCAGGCCGUCUUGCCUCGCUGGGCUGGGAGUCGCGCCGAUCCAAGCCUCUGGCUGGAAACGAGGUCGAUGUUGAAGUCUUCUGUGCGGGACUCAGCUCCAAAGAUGUCGCUGAAAUUAUGGGCACCAGCCCCUACCCUGCUGGAGGCCUCGGUGGAAGCGCCAGCGGUGUUGUUUCUGCCAUUGGACCUGAUGUCAAGAACCUUGCCGUGGGCGACCGUGUCAUCGGCCUUGGCUCUGGCAGCUUCUCGUCGCACAUGCGUGCGUCUGAGGCGUUGAUGGUCAAGGUUCCCGACAACUGCUCCUUCGAGGAGGCGGCUACCUUGCCUGCUGCCUUUGGAACAGCCCUUGCUGCUCUGAAAAAUGCCGGAAACCUGCAGUCUGGACAGUCUGUUCUCAUUCACAAGGCUACCGGAGACGUCGGCCUCGCCGCCUUGCAGCUUGCAAAGGCCUCCAAGGCGGAUGUCUACGCCACUGUCAGCACCGAGGCGGAAGCUGCCUACCUCGUUGAGAGCUUUGGUCUUUCGAGGACUCACAUCUUCUGGUGCACCGACGACAGCUUUGUGAAGGAGAUCAUGGAGGCAACGGGCGGAGAGGGAGUCGACAUCGCUCUCAACUCGCUGUCUGGUGAUCUCCUACACGCUACCUGGAAGUGCGUUGCUGAGUUUGGCAAGAUGAUUGAAAUCGGCACCACCGACCUGAUUGGUGCCGGUAAACUCGAGCUCAGCUCUUUCUUGGGCGGCAGGACUUAUACCGGCGUCAACCUCGAGGCUCUGGUGGCCAAGAAGCAAUCCGUUGUUCAGGGACUUCUCCAAUCCACUGUUCAGCUUCUGCAAGAGGGUAGCAUUGCCCCGCUUACACCUCGAGCAGUGUACGAGGCCUCUGGCGUAGAUGAUGCCAUCAAGCACGCCCAAGAGAACAAGGACUCUAGCAAGAUCAUCCUUCAGCUCCGCGAUGCCAAUGGCAAGCUCAACGUCGAGACCAGUACCAUCAAGGUUGCCGACGACAUCUUCACUAUCGACGAGACAGCAUCAUACCUGCUUGCUGGAGGCCUAGGUGGCAUCGGCACGGUCAUUGCCAGGCACCUAGUCGAGAACGGGGCUCGCCGCAUUGUGUGCUUCUCUCGAAACCCUGGCUCGCGCCCCGAGGACAAGGACACGAUCUGCGAGCUGGAAAGCAUGGGCUGCGAAGUGGUGCUUGUCAAGGGCGACAUGGUGAACCGCGACGACAUCUACCGCGCAGUGCAGCAGUCGCCCAACCUCAAGGGUAUCCUGCACUCGCCCAUGCUGCUCCAAGACGAGGCCUUCCGCAACAUGAAGCUGGAGCAGUGGAUCAAGGCUACCGGCCCCAAGGUCAAGGGAGCUUGGUACCUGCACGAGGCCACGGUCGAGGCUGGCAUCAACCUCGACUUCUUCGUCUUCCUCUCAUCCAUGUCUGGUAUCACUGGCCAGCCCGGCCAAGCCAACUACGCCGGUGCCAACACGUUCCUGGAUGCCUUUGCACUGUGGCGCAACAGCAACGGGCUGCCCGCCUCCUCGAUCGACAUCGGUGCCGUGGCCGACAUGGGCUACGCAGCGCGCGACCAGCAGCUGCUACAGCGACUCCUGAAGAACGGCUACUCUGGCGUCACCGAGGCGGAGAUGAUUGAAGCCUUCCGAGCCUCGGCCUCGUACCCGGUGCCGGAGCUGAACACAAACACAGCGACUGCUCCAUUCGCACACAUGAACACGUUUGCCACGGGCUUCGGCUCCGACAAGUCGCUCAGCCACCCGGAGAGCCGUCUGCACUGGAAGAAGGACGUCCGCAUGGCCAUCUGGCACAAUAUUCCCGACGGCGACAUUGGCAGCGCCAACGACGGCGGCGACGGCCUCAAGACGUUCCUCGCCGCAGCCAAGAGCGACCCAGAGCUACUCAGCAAGCCAGAAACAUCCGUCUACAUUGCCCUUGAAAUCGGAAAGCAGCUCAUGAAGCUGCUGCUGCGUCCCGACGACGACCUCGACAUCACGCUGCCAGUGCAGCAACUGGGCCUCGACUCUUUGGUUGGAAUUGAGCUGCGCAACUGGUGGAGACAGACGUUUGCCUUUGACAUUAGUGUGCUCCAGCUGCUUGGCUUUGGCACCUUGGAGGAGCUGGGUCGCCAGGCGGUCAACGGAUUGGCCAAGGCUGCUGGUGGUGGUAAAUGACGGGAGAAGUCUUCUUCUUUUCAACCUGCUUUUUUUUCCUUUGUUCCGCGUAGCUUAAUUUCUCCUAUACUAGAACCAAA